GUCGGUUUGGGCGGGCGGGGCGCAGGCCGCGGGGCCCGAGCCGGGGGAGCGAGCGAGCGGAGGCGCCGAGGAUCCGAUUCACUCGCUGGGGAAAUCUAUGGGCCGAAGCCGUGUAAAUGCGUUUUAAGCAGGGGCCUCGGCUCCGCAACUGCCACUCCUCCUCGGGGUGUUGCACAAGUUUCGAGGUCACCGGCGACCCCCCCUAGCAGCGCGCCUGGCACUGGCCCCCGCGAAGGAAGACGGGGCUUGUGUGUUGCAUACUUUCUAAGGCGGCGGCGGCGGCGGCAGCGGCGGCGGCGGCGGAGGCUCCAUCCAGCCUAUCGGCUCCUCCUCCUAGGCAUGGCUGGCUACCUGAGUGAAACGGACUUUGUGAUGGUAGAAGAGGGCUUCAGCACCCGAGACCUGCUGGAGGAACUCACUCUGGGGGCCUCAGAGGCCACCACGGGUGAGGUCGCUGCCUUCUUCGUGGCCGACCUCGGUACUGUAGUGAGGAAGCACUUCUGCUUUCUGAAGUGCCUGCCUCGAGUCCGGCCCUUUUACGCUGUCAAGUGCAACAGUAGCCUGGGCGUGCUGAAGGUCCUGGCCGAGCUGGGGCUGGGCUUCAGCUGUGCUAACAAGGCAGAGAUGGAGUUGGUCCAGCGUAUUGGCGUCCCUGCCAGUAAGAUCAUCUACGCCAACCCCUGUAAGCAAAUUGCACAGAUCAAGUAUGCUGCCAAGCAUGGGGUCCAGCUGCUGAGCUUUGACAACGAGAUGGAGCUGGUAAAGGUGGCGAAGAGCCACCCCAGUGCCAAGAUGGUUCUGUGCAUUGCCACCAAUGACUCCCACUCCCUGAGCCACCUCAGCCUCAAUUUUGGAGCGUCACUGAAAUCCUGCAGACACCUGCUUCAAAAUGCCAAGAAGAGCCAUGUAGAUGUGGUAGGUGUGAGUUUUCACGUUGGCAGUGGCUGUCCUGACCCUCAGGCCUAUGCUCAGUCCAUCGCAGACGCCCGGCUUGUGUUUGAAAUGGGUGCCGAGCUAGGCCACAGGAUGCACAUCCUGGACCUGGGUGGCAGCUUCCCUGGAGUGGAGGGGGCCAAAGUGAGAUUCGAAGAGAUUGCUUCUGUGAUCAACUCAGCCUUGGACCUGUACUUCCCAGAGGGCUGUGGCGUGGACAUCCUUGCCAAGCUGGGGCGCUACUACGUGACCUCGGCCUUCACCUUGGCAGUCAGCAUCACUGCGAAGAAGGAGGUUCUUCUGGACCAGCCUGGCAGGGAGGAGGAGACUGGUUCUGCCCCCAAGACCAUGGCAUACCACCUGGAUGAGGGCGUGUAUGGAAUCUUCAACUCAGUCCUGUUUGACAACACCUGCCCUGCCCCCGUACUGCAGAAGAAACCGUCUACAGAGCAGCCCCUGCACAGCAGCAGCCUGUGGGGCCCGGUGGUCGAUGGCUGUGACUGCGUAGCUGAGGGCCUGUGGCUGCCGCAACUACACGUAGGGGACUGGCUGGUCUUUGAGAACAUGGGCGCCUACACCGUGGGCAUGGGUUCCUUCCUCGGGGGAACCCAAACCUGCCGCAUCACCUACGCCAUGUCCCGGGUGGCCUGGGAAGCGCUGCGAGAGCAGCUGCUGCCUCCAGAGCAGGAUGAGGACGCUGAGGGUGUGUGCAAGCCUCUGUCCUGCGGCUGGGAGAUCACAGACACCUUGUGUGUGGGCCCUGUCUUCACCCCAGCGAGCAUCAUGUGAGCGGGCCCCGUUGCCCCCCCACCCUGAGAACCCAAGCGGGGCCACAGAUGCCUCUGGGAGAGGUGGGAAGGCGGCAAGCAGAGCAUCCUCUGGCCAGGACUCUGGUGCUCGGUCUGCCGCCCCACCCCAUGCUCCACCUGUAGUGUUUCUGCCCUGUAAAUAGGACCAGUCUUACACUCGCUGUAGUUCAAGUGUGCAACAUAAAUCCUGUCCCUUCCAGCUGUGUCCGCCUCCUCUGCAGCGCAAAGGGCCUGGUCAGCCAGGUGUGGGGUGUUCUUGGGGUCUCCCGUGGUCUCCUGCACACCUCUGUAAAUAUGAAGCAAAUAAAUAUUUAGGUUUUUUUAAUA